AUGACAACUGUUCCAGAUAAUGGACUGUGUAAUGAAGAAUCUGAAUAUUUAGUAAAUUGGGAAGAAUUUGAAAAAGAAUACGAUUCUGAUGAAGAUCCUAAUAUAGAUGAUUCUUGGGGUGAUUGGAAUGAAGAAGAAUUACAACCAACAUUAUGUUUAUUUUGUGAAACAAUAUCACCAUCUACCAAAGAUACCAAAUUUCAUAUGAAGGAUAUUCAUGGAUUUUGA